AUGAUGCGAUUGUGUUUGCUUGAAAUCAAUGCUCAGGAAGCUCUAGCCAGUAGUCAUGUUAAGGGAGGCGAAAAACCUAACAAUAUUGGUUUCUUUCAAGCUGAGCUAUGCGCUCAGAUGUUUUUCUUUAAUUCGUCGUUGGUCUCUUCGUCAGUAUGCGUUGUGAAAGGAAAUGCGGCAGGCACCGCGAAAGUUCCUUGUGAAGAACCACGGAAGGAUGGCGACGGUAUAGAAGAGAAUACCAAGUCAAAAGGCCUACAAAGACUUCGUGAUGUCGUGUCCUCGUUCGCCGCCGAAACUACCACUGAAGAUCAACGAGCUCAUGAUCUGGAAAUAAUAAAUAAUGCUAUUGAGAGCAAUUUAAACUAUCUAUCGCGGUGCAGUUUAAGGAAUGAUUUAAUGUUGCUUCGGCGAACAGUCAUUCGCGGAUUAUUUAUUAAGCGUAUUUCAGCACUUGGCGUUCUCAAAGGCGUUACUUUCGCUUCAAAUACGAUGCAUCCGAUGUUAAAUCGUGAAUUACACAGAUUAGUACAAUCCGAGUCCAGGGACAUGCUCAUACAAGAGCCUCCUAGAGGUUCACGAGAUCCACGUUGUGCAGUUGACUUGCUCUUCGAAUGGUUUGAUGGUUCUAAAGAUCUCGAUGAGCUGUUAAGGAAGCACAACUUACUGCGAAUUCUGGUGAAAUGCCGUCAUGGCAUGUCUGAAGCCAUGUGGGACAUUCUGAUGGAGCACUUUUCGAAGACCAUGGGGUCUGAUAUUCUAGAAGACCAAAUUCCGAAAGCCAAAUCGGGAGCGCUAUCCCUAGCCGACUCCUUGAACGUGCGUUCAGCUGGCUGUACUUCACCUUUUGGAAACAAUGAAAACCGCUCAGAAUCAGCUUCAACAAGUCCUGCACCAUCAGAUCCUGAUCACGAAGAGAAGCCAAAUGCCCCUCCAUCAAAAAGCAACGUAAAUCUCACGGAUUUCAAUGUUCCCACUCUCAGGACAAAUGCACCCAUGCCGAAAGUGAAAAGGAGACCGCGGUCUGUCUCACGUCAUCAUGCUACUCGUCUCGCCUUGAUUCCACCGAAUGAACGCUCUAAUAACAAUUCAGAAGCUUCACUUGAUGUUCUACAAGGAGAGCAGCCUACGCCAGGCGCUCAUGAACAAGCAACCACGACGAGUGAAACUCCUGCAUCCGUUACUCCAUGUCCCGCUACUUCCCGAUCAUCAAAAGGCCAAUCUUACUCUAUGUCGUUUGUAACUAUCGCUCCUUCAAUCAAUGCUUGUCAAUCAACUGGGUCUUCCACAACUAUGUCUCCAUCCACUGCUCAUGAAUCUGAGGCUUCAUCUGUUCCGUUGCCUCCUCCUGAUCCCCUUGUGUCACAAGAGCAGCCGUCGACGUCAGGCGACUCCAUGGACAGGGGAGGUAAUACUCCAGUCUCUGAUUCCCUAUCUCACAAAGAAGACGUUCGGCAGGAUUCUACGUCGACUGUUUCGCCAACGACAACGACAAGAAACCCUUCCGGUGCACUACCCGGUCCAUCUAUUCCAGUGUCUUCAGCUCCACCCCCACCACCUCCUCCAGCUCCUCCACCACCUCCACUUGGGCUUCUGAUGCAAACGGGUGGUGCCGCACCUGGUCCGCCUCCUCCUCCGCCACCACCACCACCUCCGCCUGGAAUACUAGCGCGAGCUUCAACAUUAUCGAACUCGGCGUUGUCCCCUUCUUGCACCGCUAGAACUGAUGAGAUCUAUCCGAAAAAGAAGAAAACAUACACAUUACUUUGGCAAGCCGUCAGCCAGCAUUCCAUAACAAAUGUCCACACGGUGUGGAAUGAAUACUCAAGACCAGAGUUCGGCGCUGAAGAACGAGAUCAUGUGCAACUGCUAUUUGAAAGAGCGGAACCUUCAGCGCUAUCACGUUUUGCGACCGAAAGACGUAGUGUUCGUGAAAGACCCACAGAUGAGUCCAUAUUCCAGCUGUCACAGCAGAAGGCGCUCAACCUUGAGAUAAUCCUUGCCAAGCUUCGCCCUCUCACCGUUAUGGAUCUUAUUGAGCGAUUGGAGUCGAAUAACAUGGAAGGGAUAUCGAUCGAUUUACUGUCUUCACUGCUCAAGUACUUCCCAACUGAUGAGGAGAUGCUCCUGUUCAAAAGAGCUGCUCGUGAAGACGUUAAACGCAACUGUGACAUAUUAUGUUGGGAAGCGGCACGUAGAGCCACUCUGAGAAUAAGAGCUGAAUUGGCAAUAGCUCGGGAGCAAAUUCUUCAGGACCUUACGCGCCACUCACAAUCAACGCAGAGAAUACGUGAUGCGAGUGAAGCUCUUCGAUCAAGGGUGCUCGUCCACCUCAUGCACAAAUGCCUUCAGUAUGGUAACUAUAUAAAUCAAGGUACAGCGCUGUCGAGAGCUGUUGGCUUUUCCUUGUCUUCGUUGCCUUCUGUUCUGAGUGCCAAAGGGAAGCAGGUCAGUACCUCGAACAUAAGGCUUGUUGAUCUUCUUGCUCAGUUUGUUGAGUUUGACACUGUGGCUUUGGAGGACGUGAUUUCUCGUUUGCAGUUGGCAAGAUCGAUUACACUAGACGAUAUCGAGUCUGCAUCAAAGGAGUUAACAGCUUCAGUGAAGCGAUUGAAGCUUCAACUGAGUUCGAGAGGAGGUGGCGAUGUGUCGCUGCUGGAGGCAUAUCAACCAUUUCUAGAGGUGGCGGAGUCAAGCUGCUUGAAUCUGGCAUCCGAUUUGCGAGAACUUCGUUCAGUGGAAAGUUCCCUACAGUCGUUUCUGUGUGCGAAUACCAUGAAGCUAGAGGAGAUCAUAUCAACCACCUCCGAAGCUUUGACUAUGUUGUCGGAUUCGAUCAAGAAGCGUGCCAUGGUGAAGCUGCGGUCGGCAUCGGUAGCGACGGGCAGACAGCUGGCUGGACGUGAGCGCUUCUCCAUGCAGCGCCGAAGUCUUCAACCGAGUCGUCCAAGUGUCGACGCGAUGAGGCAGAUGUUCCUCGAUGCAGCUAAUCAGUGA